UUCGUGGCUGUGCAGCAGUGUUGAAGCGUCCCGGAUACAGGGAGACAAAUAUGAGUGAAAAUGAAGAUAUUCCGGUUCUUGAUCAGGACAGCAAAGCAGCGUAUGUACUCAGUAAUGUCGCAGAAGUGGUUGAGCGGAUUUUGACCUUCAUCCCGACCAAGUCACUUCUCCGGAUCGCGAGUGUGUGCAGACUAUGGAGGAACUGCGCCCGCAGGGUGCUCCGGACCCAGCAGCAGCUGACCUGGGCCUCGGCCAGUGGUCCGUCCAGCGGUUCGUCCAGCUCAGAUGUCCAUGUCCUCUGCGAUGCCCUGGUGGAGGAAGUGGAGAAAGUGUUUCUCCUGCCGAAGACCGUUUUGGCGAUGGUAGACAGUGAGACCUUUAACGGACAAGCUUUUCACUACUUACAGAACAAAGCAAAAAGGAAUCGCCACAGUUUCGACUCGGCUGAAAAUCUGAACCGGCUUUUUCCCAAAGGAUGUGACAUCGUGGGCAUCACCACCCCCGGCAUAGUCUUGACCCCCAGUGGCUGCUGCUCCGGCGCUCCUCGGGAGUUCCAGGAGGGUGAGGCCGGCUUUGCAGUCAUGUUCCCCAACACUGAGGGCGUCCACAUCAAGCCCUUCCACUUCUGUAAGAGGACCAUCUCCCCCUCGGCACUCAAAGAAGCAGGACUGGUCGACAACCCCGAGCUGCGUGUGGUGCUUCUGUUUGUCUAUGAGGCUUUUAAAUCCGGAGGAGCAAACUUCCUCACGCAGGUUCUUGAACCGCUGGCCAAGAGCAAAGCUCUGAUAGCUGGAGGACUGGUGGAUGCGGUCUUCUCUCCUUCCAGACACUGCUGUAGCCCCGGGGCGUACGGCGUGUUCGGCCUCGCCCUGAGCGGUCCGAAAGUGCAAGGGGCGUCCGUUCUCUUGGACCAAGACGUCAGCAAUGCCACGGCAGCCGAGGCCGCCAUCAGACGGCUGAAGGCUGCUAAGAUUCCCGAGAAGAACACCCUGGGCUUCAUGUUCGCCUGUGUGGGGAGAGGCCUGAACUACUACAACAACCAGCGCAACGUGGAGGCAGACGCCUUUCACAAGGUGUUCCCCAACACGCCGCUCCUCGGCCUGUUCGGCAACGGCGAGAUCGGCUGCGACCGGAUCAUCAAGGACGACUACACGCUGUGCGACACUGACACGGACAGCCUGCAGCACGAGUACACCACCGUCAUGACCCUGGUCCAUCUAGGAUGACUCUCCUGCAGGAACCAGCAGACGGCCCACCAUGUCCUGGUUCACAGCAGAAACGGACUUCGUGAGAGUUACUGACUUUACAGCUCAGAAUAUUGCAGCAUAGCAACGUUUCCACCUUUUGGAGCAGGAAAAAUGAUCCAUUCCACCAUCAGCGGAAUGGCAAUAUUUGGGAAGUGGCAUCCUUUGGAGAACACAGCUUCGUGGUUAACAUUCAGGUUUAAUGAGCCUCUCUUGUAACGUAAAUCUGUAUAUAUCUCUUUACCAAAUGUGACAAACAUUUACGGCAUAUCUUUCCCUCUGACACCAACCUCAAGGGUGAGUGAAAGUCAGCUAUUGUUACAGGUGAUCCAGUAGAGGCACUUUGUUUCAUUUACGUCAAAGGAGCGUUUUUCUUCCACAGAAUCAAGGACUUCUUGCUUUGGAAUGCUCUUCCUUCCUAUGUAGAUUUUACUCUUUUACAUAUUUGUCUUACAAUGGAAAACUUUAAACAAUGUUUAGUCCUGCAAAUUAAGGAGAGAAGUGUUCAGUGUGAGCUUAUUAUGUCUAUUUCUUUAUUGUUUUGGCUCAAUGACACAUAUUUACUACCUAUUUCCAGCUGGUAAUGGCUCGUCUCCUCUUACCGUGAAAAAGAAGACCAAAUGGCUGCCUCGUUGAUCGCUGGUCAUUGUUGAAUUUCCUUUUCCGUAGUUUCAUAUCCAAUGUUGUGCAAGUAACAUAUUACUUGCACAACAUUGUACAAGUAAUAUAUUACUUGUACAACACUGCUUAUCUCGUCUGCGUUUUUACAACUUUAAGAAGCAGAUUUGGUUUACAAUAUUUGGAAAAAACAUCUAAAAUUUCAGGAAAAAGUCAUUUAAAUUUGAAGUUUUCACUGUUGUUUGUUAUAGAAGCUCUAGAAUAUUUGAAAAUGUUCCUAGUUGCACGUUUGAAAAACCUUUCAGAAUUUUAACCUCUGAAAUGUCAUUGAAUGCAACACAUUUCCCAUUGAGAUAUGUUAUUUCAAGUUCCCUGCCCUCUGAUAUCCUUAUUCCUAGAUAUCCUGAUGACACGAUGGUGCAAUUUCUGGUAUAUGUUUGUAUGUGUGUGUCUGUUGUUCAGUUAAUUGCAACUAUAUGUUGAAAAAUGCUGAUAUUUUUUUCAGCUUUUCUGCAACAAAAAUUUGUAGCAAGAAUUGAUAUUUUUACGAAUGCCUAGAAAAUAGAAUUCUUCUGCCAAUAGUAUUUCCUUCUUUGUAUCGUAAAAAAUAGUCUGCUCUGAAUGGUUUUCUGAAGAAAACCAUUCAAUGUAUUUUAAGUCGGUUGAGCUUUCUUUCUGAACAAAUUUAUUUUGGUGUCGAUGCACUUUUCUACAUGUGCCAAAUCAUAUCUCUUCUGCUCAUCUAAAUAAAUGACAAACAUUCAA